UUAGAACUGGAGCAACAACUUUCAGUAUACUGGAAGUUACAGGAGAGGGUGGCAACUUGGACGCUCCCUCUUCUUUCCACACCUCAAUUUUCUUCUGCUCUCUCCCUCUCUGCUGUUAGAACCCCUCUACCAUUCAGUCCAGAGGAGACACUUCAGCCAGACAGCAUCUGAUCCUGAAGGAAAGAUGAGUAACCACUUGAUUCUUCACUUGGCAUGUGUGAGCAUGGUUCUGCUCUGGGGUCAUGGGUAUGCAGUGCAUGUGCCCCUGGUCUAUAGAAUUUCCAUGGAUGGCAGUGGUGAUGGAGGGGAGCCGGAUCUCAUUAUCCCCGUCGAUGGCCCCCACCACCCUCUCUCCCCCGUCGAUGUCGCCCCCGUCGAUGUCUCCCCCAUCGAUGUCUCCCCCAUCGAUGUCUCCCCCGUCGAUGUCUCCCCCGUCGAUGUCGCCCCCGUUGAUGUUUCCCCCACCACUACCCUAGCCCCCACCCUGGUCAGCACCAUCACCAACACCAUCACCAUCACCAUGAUCCGCCUGAAGGACUUUAUGCUCACCCGGGUGGUGGACUUCCUCCAGGAUAAUAUGCUGAUCAUAAUUGUGGUCACGUCCCUCCUCAUCGUCAUGAUCUUCAUCAUCUGCUGUGCCGCUACCAUGAGCCAAAAGCGCAAGAUGGAGGCCUACAAACCCCCUGCCAACCCACCCAGGAAAUAUAUGGGUGACACAGCUGGCGGAGUCGAACCCUCCAGUGAAGUCCAGAGUAGGGUCUAUGACGGGCCUGAUUUUGCCAGGAGGGUCCAGAUCCAGGGAACCCCCAAGAAUCUGCGCACCCCUUCCACCGCACUGGUGGGGGAAAAGGUGGGUAAGGAGUCCAAACCGAAGGAGGUCCAGAAAGUGAGUGAGGUAGAGGAGGAGGAAACGCGCAGAGUGGAGUCUAAGCACAAAGGCCAGAAGGCUGAGGAGGUGCCGCAGAGCUCCAACACCAGCCAGCCCAUGGUCUGCACCUGCCACCUGCGGAAGGCAAACCAUUAAGUAUAGGUUGGGGCUCCAACCAUGCAAACUAGCAAAAAAUGAGAUUGAGGCCUUUUCUUUUGCAGAGGGUAUGUCAGCUGCUGUGUGCCAAACUUGUCUGUGGAAUCUGACUCUGUCGGCACCUUUAGCAUACAGAUUUAACUGGGUCUAGUUAGCAUACAAGGGCCUUAAAACAGAAGGAAUUUCAGGUUUGACUUCCAAAAUAUAUAUGUAUAUGUAUAUAUAUAUAUAUAUAUAUACAGUAUAUGCCAUAUCAUGUCAUAUGUAAAUACAGUACCAGUCAAAUGUUUGGACACAACUACUCAUUCAAGGGUUUUCUAUGUUUUUACUAUUUUUUACAUUGUAGAAUUAUAGUAAAGACAUAUAUUUUAGAUUCUUCAAAGUUGCCACCUUGUGCCAUAGCGCUUUGCAUACUCUCGGCAUUCUCUCAACCAGUUUCACCUGGAAGACUUUUCCAACAGUCUUGAAGGAGUUCCCACAUGCUAAGCACUUGUUGGCUGCUUUUCCUUCACUCUCAUCCCAAACCAUCUCAAUUGGGAUGAGGUUGGGUGAUUGUGGAGGCCAUGUCAUCUGAUGCAGCACUCCAUCACUCUCCUUCUUGUUCAAAUAGCCCUUACACAGCAUGUGUGUUGGGUCAUUGUCAUGUUUAAAAACAAAUGAUAGUCCCACUACGCGCAAACCAAUAUUUUAAUUCUAAAUAAAUCACUGACACUGUCACCAGCAAAGCACCAUCACACCUACUUCAUGCUUCACAGUGGGAACCACACAUGUGGAGAUAAUCCGUUCACCUACUCUGCGUCUCACAAAGACACGGCAGUUGGAACCAAAAAUCUCAAAUUUGGACUCAUCAGACCGAAGGACAGAUUUCAACUGGUCUAAUGUCCAUUGCUCGUGUUUCUUGGCCCAAGCAAGUGUCUUAGCCUUAUUGGUGUCCUUUAGUAGUGGUUUCUUUGCAGCAAUUCGACCAUGAAGGCCUAAUUUCAUGCAGUCUUCUCUGAUCAGUUGAUGUCUGUUACUUGAACUCUGUGAAUCAUUUAUUUGGGCUGCAAUUUCUGAGGCUGAUAACUCUGAGGCAGUGGAUAAGUUGAUUAGAGUUAACUCUGGGUCUUCCUUUCCUGUGGCGGUCCUCAUAAGAGCCAGUUUCAUCAUAGCGCUUGGUUUUUGCAAAUGCACUUGAAGAAACUUUCAACGUUCUUGAAAUUUUCCAGGAUUGACUGACCUUUGUCUUAAAGUAAUGAUGGACUGUCGUUUCUCUGUUCUUGCCAUAAUAUGGACUUCUAUCUAUCUAUCUAUCUAUCUAUCUAUCUAUCUAUCUAUCUAUCUAUCUAUCUAAAGACUAUCUUCUGUAUACCGCCCCUACCUUGUCACAACACAACUGAUUGGCUCAAAUACAUUAAGAAGGAAAGAAAUUCAACAAAUUAACUUUUAACAAGGCACACCUUUUAAUUGAAAUGCAUUCCAGGUGACUACCUCAUGAAGCUGGUUGAGAGAAUGCCAAGAGUGUGCAAAGCUGUCAAGGCAAAUAGUGGCUACUUAUAAGAAUCUCAAAUGUAAAAUAUAUUCUGAUUUUAAAACGUUUUUGGUUACUACGGGUUUUCAUGGUUUUGAUGUCUAAACUAUUAUUCUACUUUGUAGAAAAUAGUAAAAAAUAAUCAUUUAAAAACCUGGAAUGAGUAGGUGUCAACUUUUGACUGGUACUGUAUAAAUUAUUCUUCCUAUACUUCUCUUGAUGUAUAAAAGGGUCAUUGUGAAAUGAGAUUGGUUAAUCAAUUGUUGAUAGUAAAAAAGAAGACAUUAUACAAGGACAGUAUUUAUAGGAUGUUUGCAUGUUGUUAUUACCGUUGGGAAAUUGUACUGAUCAGUUUAGCUUUACUAAAGAGAUGUAGAGGUAAAUGCCAAAAUAAAGGAAACACUUGAGUAAAUGAAGGCUCUGUUAUGGUGUGGGGUGCAUUUUCCUGGCAUGGUUUAGGUCCAUACAACCUCUUAGAGGGCAAGGUAAACGGCAAUAAAUACACAGCCAUUCUGAGUGAUCACCCAACCAAUGGUGAAUCAGUUCUAUCCUGAUGGGAGUGGUCUCUUCCAGGAUGACCAUGCUCCCAUCCACAGGUGGUCACUGAAUGAUUUGAUGAGCAUGAAAAAGUUGUAGACCAUGUGCUAUGGCCGUCUGUCAUCAGAUCGCAACCCAGUUUUACACUUAUGGGAGAUUCUGGAGCAUCGCCUGAGACAGCGUUUUCCACCACCAUCAACAAAACAACAAAUUAUGGAAUUUCUCGUGGAUAAAUGGUGUCAUAUCCCUCCAACAGAGUUCCAGACACAAGUAGAAUCUAUGCCAAGGUGCAUUGAAGCUGUUCUGGUGGCUCGUGGCCCUAUUAAGACUCCUUAUGUUGGUGUUUCCUUUAUUUUGUCUGUUACAUUUAGAUCACACAGAGAAAAGAAAGUUGGCAUCUGUGAAGAGAGAAAGCCAAACAUAAUUCUCUACUAACUCUACUCAAUUAAUUGAUGGGAAUUUUUUAAAUGGAAUUAGACAUUUUGAAAUUACAUGCAUUUUCAUACAUGUCACACUGGGUGAUUUAUGGAUUAUUAUUUUAUAGAAUUUGCAAAUGCUAUAUGGGUAGAGCAGCUUUUUGUAUAUAUUUUUUUCAAACAAAACGUGUGAUUUGCAGGUUCAAGUGUGGUUUAAGAUCAGUGCAUACUAACGUUUUAUUAAUACUGGUACUUAUUUAAUUCUAAAGUCAUGUAAAAUCCAAAGAUUCUCCUGAAUCCCUUUAUGGAUUGUUUUACCAUGACCCUCAGUUCUGCUGGAGAUUGUGGUAGUUAUCUUAUUUUAUUUUUGUCCAGCUUCAAUAAAGAGGUAUGGUUGA